CCCGAAUGGAUCUUUCAGCCAGCCCCCUCACUCCCGGUCGCCAAGAUCCUCCCCUUUUCUCCCUCUUCCGCCCGGCCUCUUCCGCCGCCCCCCCUCGCUUGGCCUUGCCGGGCCUUUCACGCCUCACCCGUUGCCGCGGCGAGUAUCGCCGUUCCUCCGCCGCCCUUGCCCUCUUGCGUCGGGCUUUGUCCGCCGCCGUCCCUCUAUUCGAAGAGAGCACUUUUUCCUGUCGCACAACCUCAUUAAUUCUUGUUUUUAUUAUAACUGUAACAUGUAGCAAUUCUGUACAAUUUGUGACUUUUCCAUCUUGUCAUACUAGUACAAUAAAUGCAACACCAACAUGCAUAUUGUCUGUUAGUACUAACAAUUGUUUUGUCAAUUAUUCUAUGGAGAUGUCAAAGGUUUGUGCCAUUUUUGGAGGAUCUCGGGGAAUCGGUCAAGCUGUAGCUCAGCUGCUAGCGCAGAAAGGAUAUUGCCUGGCCGUUAUUGCAAGAAAUCUUGAUAGAGCUCAAACUACUGCAAACAGCUUGGGAGCAGGACAUCUAGCAUUUAGCUGUGAUGUUUCCAAAGAAGAAGACAUACAAAAUGUGUUUAGAGAAAUGGAGAAGAGUUUAGGUCAUAUAAGCUUUCUGGUUAAUGCAGCAGGUAUCAACAGGGAUGGCUUGUUGUUGCGAACCAAGGCUGAUGAUAUGAUAUCCCAGCUUCAGACUAAUCUUUUGGGAACAAUGUUGACAUGCAAAGCUGCUGUGAAGAGUAUGAUUCAACAACAGGGUGGAGCUAUUGUUAACAUAGGAAGCAUCGUUGGGCUGAAGGGCCAUUCUGGUCAGAGUGUAUAUAGUGCCAGCAAAGCAGGAUUAGUUGGAUUUUCACGCUCUCUUGCUAAAGAAAUAGCAAGAAAGAACAUUCGAGUCAAUGUGGUUGCUCCAGGCUUCAUUCAUACAGAUAUGACAGCACACUUGAAAGAAGAACAGUUGAAGAAAACUAUUCCUCUUGGAAGAUUUGGGGAGCCUCAAGAAGUUGCCAAAGCUGUUGUAUUUCUUCUACAGUCUUCUUAUGUAACAGGCCAAGUUCUAGUUAUCGAUGGAGGUUUGCAACUCCUGUUUUAAAUAGUCGUGAAUUGUGGGAAACUUAUUCAGCAGUUGAAUGUCCCAAGCAGUGGACUUUGAUACCUGUUUUGCUAACAUUUUAAAUUAACGUAGUACAAUUUGGAAGUUUAAUAAACUUUAAAUUAUGUACUUAUCUGGCUAUUUGCAUUUAAAUAAGCAAAUUCCGAUGUAUUACUCUGAAUUAAAAAAAACAAGAUUCCAAGAUUUUGUGUGUGUGUGUGUUGAAAUUAAACAACCUGUUUUUAAAAAACUUUUCUGGUACCUUAUUGACUAACAGUUUUAUUGUGCCAUAAAGUGUGUCUCAUCAGAUAAAGAGAGCUCUAGUCAACAACUGAUGCCAUAAUGAACCUGUUUGUCUCUAAGUUAUCACAAGACUAUUUGUUCUUUUUUACAGAAAGGAUAAUGUGGCAAUACUUACAAACAUUGAGCUACUUUUAGAUCAUUCUGUAAGUAAAGUUAUGACCUAUUUCAUAGUUUGUUGUUGGAAAAAUUGCGUGUCACAAGAUAGGCAAAGGAAAGUGAUGAUAAAGUGUUUAGGAAUGUUAAUAAGUCAAUAGCUUGGCUAUGUAGUGCACACAUUUAUUUUGCUUCUAUUAAGUGGUUUCUAACAAAGAAUAUAACGUGUUGAACUUUGUAAUGUUGCGUUUCUUCAAUAGAACAAUAAUUCUGAUGUUUUGUUUCAAGUGCUUGAAAGAGUGACAAAUUAUUAUUUAGAAAUGAUAUUUCUACUUGAAGCAUAAAUAUUUGUCUUUUCAAACACUUCAGAAAGGUCUUUCUAGAUGACUUAUAAAAGAAAAAAGGUUCAUGGUGCUGCAAAACAGAAGUGCUGUAAUAGACUAUUAGUUUUAACAAAGAACUUUGCAGCAUUUUUGGAAAAGUUUCAUUCUUCAGAGAAGAAACAAAUAUCACUUUCAAAGAUGUGGGUACCAUUUCCCUGCAUUAAAAAACAAAAAAUUAUAAUUGCUUAUCACAUUAGAAGCUAUCUACUAUUCUUCCUUAUGCUAGAUGUUUUAUGGCUCCUAGUAUUUUUUGCACCCAAAUGUCAAUUACCAUCUCUAGAUAUCAGAUGUUUGUGGAAGUACAUAGAUGUUAAAUAACUUUUUUAAAAAAUUUGUACAUUUUCUGGCUUAGAAAUGAGGAAUUUUAUUGGGUGUAGUGACUAAGCUGCCAAUUUUUAAAAACAUGCUUUUCAAAAUUAAUUUACAAAACAGUUUACAUUUUGAAAAAUUAGAAACAUAAUAUUUAAAGACUAUAAAUAUAAAGUAUAUUAUAUAAACAUACAAAGUGAAAUCAUCAUGACUAAUGGCUCAGCAAUGCUACAUCAGAGAAGGAUCUUGGAAUUGUUGUUGAUCACAAGCUGAAUAUGAGCCAACAGUGUGAUGUGGCUGCAAAAAAGGCAAAUGCUAUUUUAGGCUGCAUUAACAGAAGUAUAGUUUCCAAAUCCCAUGAAGUACUAGUUUCCCUCUAUUUAGCACUGAUUAGGCCUCAUCUUGAGUACUGUGUCCAGUUCUGGACAUCAAACUUUAAUAAGGCUGCAGACAAACUGGAACAGGUUCAGAAGAGGGCAACAAGGAUGAUCAAGACACUGGAAGCAAAGACCUGUGAGGAGAGACUGAAAGAACUGGACAUGUUUAGCCUUGAGAAGAGAAGACUGAGGGGAGAAAUGAUAGCACUCUUCAAGUACUUGAAAGGUUGUCACGCAGAGGAGAGCUAGGAUCUCUUUUCAAUCAUCCUAGAGUUCAGGACAUGGAAUAAUAGGCUCACAGGAAGCCAGAUCUCAACUGAGUAUCAGAAAAACUUCCUAACUUUUAAAGUGAUACAACAAUGGAAUCACUGACCCAGUGAGGUGGGCUCUCCAACAGUGGAGGCAUUAAGAGGCAGCCAAACAGCCACCUGUUGAGUAUGCUUUAAUUUGGAUUCCUGCAUUGAGCGCAGGGCAUUAGAGUUGAUGGCCUUAUAGGCCCCUUCCAACUCUACUAUCCUAUGAUCCUAUGAAAAUGCAUAGAAAAAAUGCAUAGAAAAAAAUCCCAAGAAGAGGACCAUUAUUAGAAAAUAUGGUUAUCUUUGUGUUUAUCUAUUGUUUUAUUGCCUGCACUCCCCUGCACUCCCAUUGACCUUCCACCUAUAGAAGAAUUAUAGCCACCUUAUCUUUGUCUACAGACCUGCCGCCGCGAUCAUAUCACCCCAGUGUUGAUUGAAUUGGUUGCCAGUUGUAUACCGGGCCCAAUUCAAAGUGUUGGUUUUAACCUUUAAAACUCUAUACGGUUCCGGCCCAGUUUAUCUGAAGGAGCACCUCCAGUAUCACCAAAUAUGCCGCCAAACAAGAUCAGCCUCACAGGACCUUCUCUCGGUCCCACCGACUAAGACAGCUAGGUUGGUGCGGACCAGGGAGAGGGCUUUUUCGAUCGUGGCCCCCACCCUCUGGAACUUACUUCCCUUUGACCUUCGGCAUGCCCCCUCCCUGUUGACUUUUUGGCGAGCCUUGAAGACCUUGCUCUUCAGGCAGGCCUAUGGGAUCUCUGGGGUGGGUUAGGUUUUACACUGUAUUAAUGUAAGAUGGUCUUCAGAUGAGAUGUUAAGAUAUUAAUAAUGUGAUGAUUAUGUAUAUGAGCAGAUUGUAUUUUAUAUUGUAUUUUAUAUUGUACGUCGCCCAGAGUGUCCGUUCAGUCGGACAGAUGGGCGUCUGCUAAAUAAAAUUUUAUUAUUAUUAUUAUUUA